AUGGAAAGCCUGUCGGAGACAGCUGCAGCGGCCGCUCCGCUAAACGAGUUUCCCUCUUCACGGGGUCGGCGGCGUGUCGCGGUUGACAUUGGAAGCAUUCUGCGACGCACCAGAAACGGCCCCUGCCGUCGGCUGCGUUGCAGAUUGUCGAUGCUCGCCUGGAAUUUCUUGUCCACACCCUCGUCAAAGGGCUUGCGCGAGACGUUUUCGUGUUUUCGGCGCACUCGGUUGUCGCCUGAUCCAUCGACGCCUUUGAGGUCGACUGCGGCGAGGGACGACGAAGAAAACGUCACGCUUGUUGCUGCGACGCCGGAUCACCCACGCCCCUCCGGUGACGACGCGUCACCUGAAAGUGUACACGCGUGCACAUACUACAGAGUGACGGAGGGUAGCGGGAGCCAGCUGUCCCUGUACCUUGCGUUUGUGGGCUCCAUUCUCGGCUGCUGCCUCGCAUAUCUGGUGCUCUACCUUCUCUGCGUCUGGCGGAAUGACUGGCAGUCCAUCGACGCAACGUUCUACACGAUAUCGGGCAAGCACUGGGCCUGGGCGCGGAUUCUCUGCGCCCUCUUCUUUUUUGUUUGGUUCUACAGCAACCUCAUGACGAUGAGCUGCGCGCUGGCGUGCUCGCCUCCCCCGUGCUGGCGGCGGUCGCGGAGGGCUGCGGCUCUCACUUCCGCGGCGUCGCCCUCAGCGCAUCCUCCCGACGUGUCUCGCGUCGCUCUUGUUCCUUCCAUCUCCCCUGUCCACCUGUUUCUGCUCCCCUUGGCAGUGGGCGGGAGUGCGGCGUUCCUGCUGAUCACGUUUCUCGUGUGGGGACCCGAGUACAGGGGCGUUCACCUCUGGCUCGAGUUCUACGGGCCGUUCCUCUACGCAGUGAGUCUUCCUCUCGUCACGCUCCUGCUUGCCGGGGCGGUGGUUCACUUCGUCUUCUCCUCGGAACUCUCAUCGGGCUCUUGCGGAGGCGUCGCAUCCGGUGCCGCCGGUUCCCCAGCGCCCGCCACGGCUACGGCGGCGGGUUGUCUGCCUGCGUCAUUUCUCGCUGUCUCUGCAUCUGCGGCCUCUUCCGCGCUCGACACGGAGCCCCGAGAGUCUCUUCAGCGACAAUCAUUUUCGCUGUCUUCGCCUUUGCUGGCUGCUUCACGCUCGUCUAGUUCUUCAAACGACCUCUCUCAUGGCUCCCGCGACGAUCGAGUGCACACGUCUGCGUCUGCAGACACUGCCGGCCGCGGAGACGUGGAAAACCUCAAAGGCCGCAGCGGCGGACAGAGAGCCUGUGGUGAGAUUUGUGCAGCAGAGGCGGCGGCCAAGUCCCUGAACUCGACUCGUCUUCGUCCGUCUGCCACGCCGGGGUCGCGAGAGGAGGCUGCGGGGGGAGAGCGAGUGAGCGCGGCGGGUCGCCGCCGCUGCUCUUCUGCGCGGGUGUGGCAGAGUCUUCUGUGUCACUUGCCGCAAGCCGUAGGUCUCCUUUUCCUUUUCGGCGUUUGGGUCUUCCUACUCGCCGCACCGUUUCUGCUCCCGUCGCUCUUCUCGUCGCCGUGUCUGCUGCGCGGACCGCCGGUGUCGUCCGACGUGAACGCAGAAAGACGAAACAAGUUUGCGCGAGCGAACGCCUCGGAUGACCGGCUGCCUCCCUUCCGACGCCACGACCUGCAUGCGUGGCUCCCGGAGAAACCGCUGCUAGUCGGUCAUCGUGGCCUUCCUGAACUGCGACCGGAAAAUACAGAGGUCUCCUUUGAAGCAGCAGCUGCAGUGGGCUGCGACGGCCUGGAGUCGGACGUUGUUGUCUCUGCGGAUGGCGUUCCUUUUCUCCUCCAUGACGAAACCUUCGCGAGGACGACGAACGUCGGCGAAGUCUUCCCCUCGCGGACGAAUACUCGCGCAGAUCUCUUCACGUGGGUAGACGUGCAGCAGCUGAACGCCGGCGACUGGUGGGUGAAGACCGACCCUUACGGCACCGUGGACCUGGUCGAUCCCGUUGUCAUGAAGGAUAUCUCUGAGCAGAAAGUUCCGAAGCUCGAGUGGCUCAUGGAGAAAGCUGUGACAGCGAACCGGAGUCUGAUCUACGACUUGCGCUGUCCGGACUGCCACAGCAACACCUGGGGCUGCGGAGACAAAUGCAUCGACCUCACCAUUGACUUGGUGCGGAAAACCAGAAGCAGCCGAUACCUCUGGUGGCUGCAAGGCAAAAGAUUGGAAAUGAAGAAAGAAUUCCCCGAUAUCACGAUCGUCACGGCGGCGGACAGGCAUUUUCAGCACGAUGAUGACAACCUAACAGAUAUCCUAAACGUGGAAUGGGUCGAGCUCGACGCACAGUUGACGCGAACUUGGAACGAAAAAGGCUACUGGGUGAACUCCUACGUCGUUUCUCAACCCUGGCUCCUGUCUUACUUCUGGUGCGCCGGCGUGGGCUCCGUCACGACAAACAGCUGCCACCGGCUGAAGGCGAUGGACGCCCCCGUGUACGUCCUCAGCUGGUCUGCAUUUCUCUGGUGCAGUGCGAUCUGGGAUCUCUUCUGCAUUUUCCUUCUCGUCUGCCUUCUUUACCUCUGCGUGUACGGAGCUUCGGACUGCCCUGGGUCGCUGACCACUGUGGCGCCUGCCGAGCUCAUCAUGACGCCAGACGCCAACGAAGGAGAAUGA